CUAGUCAAGCUCAUCUGGUGUUCAGUUGUAAACUCUUUUUAAGCCAUAGAUUUCAUACACAAAUGAAAUUACUUAUUGUGGUGGCGUUGCUCAACGCCUUCGUGAGUGCUGAUGUGUCUCACAUACUGCAACCCCAAACUGCCGAUGGAGCGUACGUCUAUGAAAUACCUAAGAUCCAAUUGUGUGCGAAUGGCAAAGUAGGGCCACCAUGUGAAGAGUCGACAAAUGAAAAUAGGGAGUAUCUCCCGCCAAAGUGCCCUCCAGGUACAACUGGAAUUUAUCCAAAGUGUGUAGCACCAACAACUCAGGCACCACGGUGUCCACCAGGGACAUUCGGAAACUAUCCUGAUUGUCGCCGACCGACAACCCCGGCUCCGCGAUGCGCUCCAGGUGAACUAGGUACUUAUCCCAAUUGCUAUACACCAACAACCCCAGCACCCCGUUGUGCUCCGGGACUUUUGGGCAACUACCCCAAUUGUUACGCGCCAACAACGACACCACGUCCAGUGUGUCCACCUGGAACCUUUGGCAAUUAUCCAGACUGCCGUCGUCCCACGACGACCACAACCCCAGCUCCUCGCUGCCCUCCAGGAUACAGUGGUACUCCACCAUACUGUACACCACCAACUACGACUCCAGCACCCCGAUGUGCUCCUGGACUUUUGGGAACAUACCCCAAUUGCUAUGCCCCAACAACAACUCCGGCACCCCGUUGCGCCCCUGGAGAACUAGGAACAUAUCCUAACUGUUAUAGACCAACGACGGCCGCGCCUAGGUGUGCUCCUGGUCUUUUGGGAACAUAUCCUAAUUGCUACGCUCCAACAACAACGCCAGCGCCUCGUUGUGCCCCUGGACUUUUGGGAACUUACCCCAAUUGCUAUGCCCCAACAACAACGCCAGCUCCAGUGUGCCCACCAGGAACCUUCGGAAGAUAUCCUGAUUGUCGUCGUCCCACAACUGAAGCGCCACGGUGCGCCCCUGGAUUUGUGGGCGUCUAUCCAGAUUGCCGUCGCCCAACAACGACCCCCGCACCUUACUGUCCUGCGGGAACAGUUGGAACUUAUCCCGACUGUCGUACUCCAACCACUACCCCAGCGCCUACUUGUCCACCAGGAACCUUUGGAAGAUACCCAGAUUGCCGUCGUCCAACAACCCCUGCUCCACGAUGUGCCCCUGGUGAACUAGGUACUUAUCCCAAUUGCUACACACCAACAACCCCAGCGCCUCGUUGUGCUCCGGGACUUUUGGGCACCUACCCCAAUUGCUAUGCCCCAACCACAACGCCAGCGCCCGUGUGCCCACCUGGAACAUUCGGAAGGUAUCCUGAUUGCCGUCGUCCGACGACAACCACAACCCCAGCUCCUCGCUGCCCUCCAGGAUACAGUGGUACUCCACCAUACUGUACACCACCAACCACGACUCCAGCACCCCGUUGUGCUCCUGGUGAAGUUGGAACAUACCCUAACUGUUACAGACCAACGACAGCCGCACCUAGGUGCGCUCCUGGACUUUUGGGAACAUACCCCAAUUGCUACGCCCCAACAACAACUCCGGCACCCCGUUGUGCUCCAGGACUCCUGGGAACCUAUCCUAAUUGCUACGCCCCAACAACGACACCAGCGCCAGUGUGCCCACCAGGAACCUUCGGAAGAUAUCCUGAUUGCCGCAGGCCGACUACAACAACACCAGCACCCCGUUGUGCUCCUGGUGAAGUAGGAACUUAUCCUAAUUGUUAUAGGCCAACGACAGCCGCUCCUAGGUGCGCCCCUGGACUUUUGGGAACCUACCCCAAUUGCUAUCAACCAACAACUGAGCGUAAUACAUAUUUGCCUCCAACCACGACUCCACGUUACACAACGACCACUCAGGCUCCACGCUGUGCUCCUGGAUUUGUUGGAGUCUAUCCAGACUGUCGCCGACCAACAACUCCGGCUCCACGAUGCGCUCCAGGUGAAGUAGGAACUUAUCCUAACUGUUACAGACCAACGACAGCCGCACCUAGGUGUGCUCCUGGACUUUUGGGCACCUACCCUAACUGCUACGCCCCAACAACGACACCAGCGCCAGUUUGCCCACCAGGAACUUUCGGAAGAUAUCCUGAUUGCCGCAGGCCUACCACAACUACACCAGCACCUCGUUGUGCUCCUGGUGAAUUAGGAACAUAUCCUAAUUGUUACAGGCCAACUACAGCCGCACCUAGGUGUGCUCCAGGACUUUUGGGCACCUACCCCAAUUGCUACGCCCCAACAACAACGCCAGCGCCAGUUUGCCCACCAGGAACUUUCGGAAGAUAUCCUGAUUGCCGCAGGCCUACCACAACUACACCAGCACCUCGUUGUGCUCCUGGUGAAUUAGGAACAUAUCCUAAUUGUUACAGGCCAACUACAGCCGCACCUAGGUGUGCUCCAGGACUUUUGGGCACCUACCCCAAUUGCUACGCCCCAACAACAACGCCAGCGCCAGUUUGCCCACCAGGAACUUUCGGAAGAUAUCCUGAUUGCCGCAGGCCUACCACAACUACACCAGCACCUCGUUGUGCUCCUGGUGAAUUAGGAACAUAUCCUAAUUGUUACAGGCCAACUACAGCCGCACCUAGGUGUGCUCCAGGACUCCUGGGAACCUACCCUAACUGCUAUGCCCCAACAACAACACCAGCGCCAGUUUGCCCACCAGGAACUUUCGGAAGAUAUCCUGAUUGCCGUAGGCCCACCACAACCACUCCGGCACCCCGUUGUGCUCCUGGUGAAUUAGGAACAUAUCCCAACUGUUACAGACCAACGACAGCCGCACCUAGGUGCGCCCCUGGACUUUUGGGUACCUAUCCUAAUUGCUACGCCCCAACAACGACACCAGCGCCAGUGUGCCCACCAGGAACUUUCGGAAGAUAUCCUGAUUGCCGCAGGCCCACCACAACAACACCAGCACCCCGUUGUGCUCCUGGUGAAGUAGGAACUUAUCCUAAUUGUUAUAGGCCAACGACAGCCGCUCCUAGGUGCGCCCCUGGACUUUUGGGAACCUACCCCAAUUGCUAUCAACCAACAACUGAGCGUAAUACAUAUUUGCCUCCAACCACGACUCCACGUUACACAACGACCACUCAGGCUCCACGCUGUGCUCCUGGAUUUGUUGGAGUCUAUCCAGACUGUCGCCGACCAACAACUCCGGCUCCACGAUGCGCUCCAGGUGAAGUAGGAACUUAUCCUAACUGUUACAGACCAACGACAGCCGCACCUAGGUGUGCCCCUGGACUUUUGGGCACCUACCCUAACUGCUAUGCCCCAACAACUACGCCAGCGCCCCAAUGUGCUCCUGGACUCCUGGGAACCUAUCCUAAUUGCUACGCCCCAACAACGACACCAGCGCCAGUUUGCCCACCAGGAACUUUCGGAAGAUAUCCUGAUUGCCGCAGACCUACCACAACUACACCAGCACCUCGUUGUGCUCCUGGUGAAUUAGGAACAUAUCCUAAUUGUUACAGGCCAACUACAGCCGCACCUAGGUGUGCUCCAGGACUUUUGGGCACCUACCCCAAUUGCUAUGCCCCAACAACAACGCCAGCGCCUCGUUGUGCUCCAGGACUCCUGGGAACCUAUCCUAAUUGCUAUGCCCCAACAACAACGCCAGCGCCAGUGUGCCCACCAGGAACUUUCGGAAGAUAUCCUGAUUGCCGCAGACCCACCACAACAACCCCGGCACCUAGGUGUGCUCCUGGACUCCUGGGAACCUAUCCAAAUUGCUAUGCCCCAACAACAACUCCGGCACCCCGUUGUGCUCCAGGCCUCCUGGGAACUUACCCCAAUUGUUACGCACCUACGACAACGCCAGCGCCAGUUUGCCCACCAGGAACUUUCGGAAGGUACCCAGAUUGCCGUCGUCCAACCACCCCGGCUCCACGAUGUGCCCCUGGUGAAUUAGGUACUUAUCCCAAUUGCUACACACCAACAACCCCAGCACCUCGUUGUGCUCCGGGACUUUUGGGCACCUACCCCAAUUGCUAUGCCCCAACCACAACACCCGCCCCGAGGUGUCCAUCCGGAUACACCGGAGUGUAUCCUAACUGUGCACCACCAACUACGACGCCCGCUCCAAGAUGCGCUCCCGGACUUGUGGGAGUGUAUCCCAAUUGUUACGCCCCAACUACCACCCCAGCACCCCGAUGUGCUCCUGGUCUAGUUGGCAUCUACCCGAAUUGUUACUCCCCGACCACCACAACACCUCGUCCAGUGUGCCCACCCGGAAGCCCUGGAACCUACCCGAACUGCGAACAGGAGGGUUACUUCUACCCUAAGCCCGCUGUGCCAUUCGUAUUCUAA